AGUGCGGUAAUUUUGUAUUGUUUGCCACAAUAGGCAUUAAAUUUGUAAAAGUGCCACCAAAUUCGAUUUUAUUUAUUGGCCACUGCACUAGGAGGUUUUUGGUGUUGGACGGCCUAAUUCGAUUUGUUUGAGUCUCGAGUGACACUAGCUUCAAUUCUUAAAAUAGUUUUAAUAAAGAUAUCGAUCCGGUUUGCGUCCAAGAUUAAUAACAUGAUUAGACAUCUGACCUAAAUAAAUAUAAUAACCCAGGCGUAUGUAAAUAUGCAAAUGCGGAGAAGUUGGGCCCCAGUUCAUGAAUUUUUUUGUGCAAAGUGCCACUGCAGUGGUUCAGUGUCCGUGUAACAGUGCAUUAUUAAUGCAUCCAUCCUGAUCCAUCCAGUCGUCAUCGAGCGUUGCGUCGUGAAACUUCUAUUUAGUUGCAAAUUUCGUAAACACACGUGACCAAAAUCCGAAACUCAAUCAGCGCCAGGCCGCACAAGGCGAUUAGAGUGGACAAUGAUUGCUUUAGGAUUGCUGUGCUUUUAGCUCCUGAUCUUGAGAGCCUGUGUUUAUCUUCAACCAGGACUAUCUGAAAGCAUUGUUGGGAAGGGUGCCGAUGGGCCAUUGUCAACUUGAAAGGAACGUGUCAUUUUUCAGUCGGUUUAAUAUAUGAUGGAAAAUGGAUCAGGGUGAAAGCGAGGUUGUUUAUGCCCGCCAUGAGGACAUCGUCCGUAUCCUGAAUCGUCUCAAUGAAACCCAGGCGGAAUUAGCUUGCGAACUUAAAAAAACACUCUCGCCCCCAUCGAAUGGAUGUGCUGUCGACUUCGAUACGGUUUUGUGUUGGCCGCAAACGGCGCCGAAUUCCCUUGCUGUUUUACCUUGCUUCGACCAGCUCAAUGGCAUUAAGUACGACACGAGAGAAAACGCGACGCGUUUGUGUUUCGCCAACGGAACUUGGGACCAAUAUAGCAACUAUACCUCGUGCAAAGAAUUGUCUCCUUUGGAGGUGCCCGAAGUGGAACUAACAACCACAAUUUACUUCAUUGGCUACACCGUCAGCCUAGUGGCGCUCCUCUUUGCCGUUUACAUCUUCUGGAAGUUCAAAGACUUGCGAUGUCUGCGAAAUACCAUCCAUAUGAAUCUGAUGUGUUCCUACAUCCUUGCGGAUUUUAUGUGGAUUUUCGUUUACAGUUUGCAGGUUCCUUUACAAACUAACAAGGCUUUCUGCAUAUUCCUCAUAAUUCUGCUGCACUACUUCCACCUGACGAACUUUUUCUGGAUGUUUGUGGAAGGUUUAUAUCUAUACAUUUUGGUGGUGAAAACAUUCACCGGCGAGAACAUCAAGCCUCGGAUCUACGCAGUAAUAGGUUGGGGGGGACCGAUUCUGUUUGUACUGGUCUGGGGCAUCGCUAAAAGUUUCACACUACCAUUAGAGGACCAACAGGCGGGUGAGAUGUUCCGGAGCUGUCCUUGGACUCCGCAUCCUUUCGAUUGGAUCUACCAAGGACCCGCAAUUGCCGUUCUUAUAAUUAAUGUAAUAUUCCUUUGCAUAAUCAUGUGGGUAUUAAUAACCAAACUCCGGUCAGCCAACAACGUUGAAACGCAGCAGUACCGGAAAGCGGCCAAAGCUCUACUAGUCCUUAUUCCUCUCCUGGGAGUCACUUACAUUCUAGUUAUAGUGGGGCCCACCGAAGGCAUCUCCAGACGCAUAUACGACAGCAUUAGAGCCAUCCUCUUAUCUACACAGGGCUUCACAGUGGCGCUUUUUUACUGCUUCCUCAACGCUGAGGUGAAGAACACAGUGCGCCACCAUUACAACAGUUGGCACACUCGUCGAACUUUAGGUUCGCGAAGAACCAGAUAUUCGUCGAGUAAAGAUUGGUCGUCGCAGGCCAGAGACAGCAUGCGUCUGUAUCAAACAAAUUCGUACAGAAAAAGGGGGUCCACAUGCUCGACCGGUACUACUACAACGGUUGUGGUAGUACCGUUCCCGAAAUUAUCACAACAAACUAAGUUUAGCAACGACGUCGGAUGAGAAAUAAUGCCGCGAGGAGAUAGAAGAGCAACCAUGGACACUCUUCUGGAAGAGGAAGGAGCCUGUUCGUACAAUUCUUCUCGUGGCAAUUCCAUUCCGAAUGUUGACAUAUCAGCGUUUAACAUAAACUGAACGCAACGUUGUGAUUGUGGACCUCAAAAUGCUAUUUUUGUCACACCUGGACAAUCUUAUGACAAUGUUUAAUGUGGAAUAUUUUUUCUAUGUCGAUGGGUGUCAUUUUUGUACUCGUUUACCAACAAAUAUCUGCAGUUUCAUGUUUAAUGAAGCCAUUCUCGAAUUGUUUUCCUUGUGAUGCAUGUAAAUUAAAUGCAUAAUUAACAGUUUCAUUCAAAUGUAAAAUAUGUAAAUGGUGAAAAAAGAUAUAAAAAAUUAUGGACCGUGUAACCCAAAGGAAAUAUAUCAUACAUAAUAAAAAAUUUA